AUGAAGUUCACCGUAGCUUUGUUGUUCAUCGUCGGACUGGCCGUAGCUGCCACUUUGCAAAAGCCAGAGGCUGGAAAGAAGCUUACUGUAGCCGAGGAGAAGCGUGAGUUCAAAACCGAUGAGAAGCGUGAAUUCAAAGCUGAUGCCGAGCCAGUCUUAUCACUACAAUCAAUCGCUGAUCUGUUGAAGAACUUUAAAUGGCGUAAUGUGAUUCCUUGCAACGAAACCUGCACCAACGGUGGGGAUGUAGCCACAUGUUGCCGCGCCCACGGAUGGCGUGACGGAGUUUGCGACAUUUACCAUCGUGCCUUCUGCCGUUAA